UUAUGUGUGUGAUACAGGUUUUGCGGCGGAACUGUGCUGAGGGAAGCAAGCGUUUCCGCUGAGUGUAGGGGUGAAUGCUGCUGGCUGUGACACCACGGGCUGAAAAGGAGGCGGCACAAUCACAAAGCCACAUAGACAUGUGGGUGUUUUAUGUCGUCAUACCAGUGUUGAAGAUCUAUUACAUCGGCUUAAAGGUGCUUCUGUAUCAGCUCUUCAACAAAGCAUUCCUACUACCAGUCUUUCCCAAACAAAAUGAAAGAGUUGCCAUAGUGACGGGAGGUGCCAGAGGGAUUGGUUGUGAAACUGCAAGGCAUCUGGCAAGGCUUGGAAUGCACAUUAUAAUAGCUGGAAAUUCAGAAAACAAGGGUCAAGAGGCAGUGAAACGCAUCAAAGAAGAGAACCUAAAUCAAAAAGUGGAGUUCAUUCAUCUUGACCUGACUUCACUAAAGUCUAUUCAUUGGUUUGUCAAGAAGUUCAAUGACAGAGGCCUUCCACUUCACAUUCUAGUCAAUAAUGCAGGGGUCAUGUUGGUUCCACAGAGAACAACGCAGGAUGGCUUUGAAGAGCACAUCGGUUUGAACUACCUGGGGCACUUCCUGCUCACCAAGCUGCUCCUGGACAAGCUGAAACAGUCUGGGUGCCAGGAGUCCAGCGCCCGCGUUGUCACAGUAUCCUCAGCCUCUCAUUACUGUGGAGAACUGGACCUGGAGGACCUGCAGAGCUGUAGCUGUUACUCAUCACACCGUGCAUAUGCCCAAAGCAAGCUUGCCCUUGUGCUGUUUACCUACUACCUGCAGCAUCGCCUGACAGCAGAAGGGAGCCAUGUAACGACCAAUGCAGUGGACCCAGGAGUGGUGAACACAGACCUCUACCAGAAUAUCUGCUGGCCGGCUCAACGCCUCAAGGGCUUGGUGGCUGGGCUGCUGUUCCGGACCCCAGAGGAGGGAGCCUCGACUUCAAUAUAUGCAGCAGCUGCACCAGAGCUAGAGGGAGUUGGCGGCUGUUAUCUCUACAAUGGUCAAAGGACAAAGUCUGCAGAUGCCUCGUACGAUGAGGAACUUCAAAGCCGACUCUGGACUCUGAGCUGCAGCCUUGUUGGGAUUCAGGAGCAGCACCACAAGGCUUACUGAGUAGUCCAGUUCAAUCAUUCCAAAUGGAAGCUGACAUUAAAAGUGCUUUUAAUUGGUGUUCCUCCUGCUGUUGAUUGUCCACGAGGGGCUGCCCUUUCUGCUUUUGUGCAUAGACAAGACAAUCUUAUAUUACUGUUGUCAGAACAAAUAAACAUAUCAAAACAUACUAGCUGGUGUUGAAAAAAAUACAUGUUAAUCCAUCGAAAGCCACUGCUUGGAUAAGCAUCGAUCGAACCUUGCCAUCACGUGCAAUAUUAUAAUAUGAAUUCUGCUUACAACCUGCCUCUGUUUUAGCACAGGUUUACAUGGAAUAAAUUACCAAGUGAUGGCAGGGUCCUCAGAAACAACUAGAAACUCCUGGAUCUCAUAAAUAGCUACAUCUAUCAUGGUAGCAUUUUACAAAAUACUUUCAUAUGAAGUAAAUCUCUAUAUAGGUACAGUGUUAUUCUUCCUCUUUGGCUUCUGAGUUUCAAACAACAUCAAUACAAUGUAAAAUCCUCCAUUUUCUACAGUUUUGUAUAGAUUCAUGAUAGUUAUCGGUUGCUGGGGUAACCAUAUGAAACAUACCGGAUAGAGGCGGUUGCAGAGGCAUUCAGGGUUGCUUUUGGAAGUAAAUUAAUAGAAAGUUGCCGUAGGCCUGCUACUGCCGGUUUUCUUGCUCUCUGCUGCACUGUGAACAUCCAUAGCUACAAGUUUCCCCACAGCAAGUGCCUGUCAGUUCUGUGGCCUGGGAAGGGUUAACAGGUCACUUAACUGUGCAGACAAUAGACUCUGUUCUUAAUAUCCUGCCGUAUUGUAAAUGAUUCACUCAGCGAGAGUGCUGUUUCUCUAGAGGUGAUAUUGUGAUUUCAAGCUGUUUCUUUAGCAUGCUCAUAGUCUUCUAGCAUCUGUUUUUCAUUCAUUGUUUUUAAACGUUGUUCCUAAAUGAAGGGAUCUGGUUCACACGCUGUUGUCACCUAUGCAUUAUAUACUGCAGUUUCAUGAACACACUACAGUAUAUGAUUUUGAUAUUUGUGCAUAUCAUUUCCUAGAUCACCUUAAAUUGUAAAGAAAUCAAGCAUUACAGCAAAUACAGUGCUUGCUAAGGGUGACAUUAUUUUGUAGAAGGGUUAUAAUAAGAGUAUACUUUUCUAAUCAAGGAAACUUUGAAAUAUGCUCCAGAACUGCAUCAUAGUUCUAUUGGCAUUUCAUUUUAGCACCAGUUUCAUGUACUAAUACCUUUAAACAGGCGUGUUCAUUUAUAUUGAGAAUGAAUGGUAGUGCAUACAAAGGGUAGUAACUGUAUCAAAACGCCACUCUGUUUUCUAAUGUACAGCACUGUAAUAAUAUUUGCUUUGCGAAUCUAGCUGUUAAAAUAAGAAGGGGAAUAGCUAUGGGCGCUAUAAGCCAGGAGCCACUAACGUGGUAAAAAGUAAAAUGUCAGACAACAUGCUUUAAAUAUUUUGACAAGCACUGUGAUAUUUUCCUGUGUACUUCAUUAAUAAUGCAUGCAGAUAUGGGGCUUGGCAUCCAUAACAUUAGCUCAAAGCACUGGCAAAAUAGACAGCUUUCUUCAAAUUACUAAAAAUAAUAAUAAUAUAGUAAUACAUUCCAACCGAGUGAUACACCAUUAAACUUUUAACUGGUGCUGAAGUUAACUCGGCUAACUUGUGACUUUAUUUAAUCUUUUGAUAUAUUUUUUCCAGAAUAAUAUUUUUUUUCGGUACGUUUUUUUUUUUUUUUUUCUGUAAAAGGUAAAGUUAGGACAUUACGACUUACUUACUAAAAUAUACUGCUUUGACAGACCUGGAGAGAAUCACUUUGUCUGUUUUCAUUAUAAUACCUAUGUGAAACAUUUUUGCUGUGAAAAGCAACAUGUAGGCUUGGUAGUCUUUUUUUUAUAUAUAUUUUUUUUUAUUUAAACUCUGUUUGUCCACCGUGAAGUUAUUAUGUUGAUAUAGCACAUGGGAACUGCUGUCACACUCUGUGCUGCAGUCACAUACAGUUUGAGUGUAUGAACAAUAACAGAUUGUGAAGGUGCACACGAGUGUUAAGUCAUAACCAUAGAGACAAUACUGAGGGGCUUGUUUUAAAAUAUGUGUCCCCAUCUGCUAGUAAAUGCCUGUAAAACAUUCAUACAGUUGCUAUACACAGCUCUGACCCACAGAAGUCUAUACAACACUCAGUUUUAUGUCCUUUUAAACCAAACAAUAUACAUGAUAAACUGUGAACCACCAGAAACAUUUUCUCCAAGAAAGUUAUUUUCUUCCGGCUCUAUUUUCAAUAAAAAACCUUUUUGGAUUUGUGUUUUUACAGAGAAGCAUACUUGGUGGUUUUUAAUGUCUCCUAUUAAGCAGUCUAAAAACACAGUACUGAAAAAACCUACAGUGGUUCAUGUGUACUAAAAAUACGUCUAUUUAUAUAAAUACGAAUGAAAUAGUAAGCACAAGGUUGACUUGCAUUAUAAGCAUCUACUCUGUAAAAUAUUUGGACAUUCUGGGCAGCAUGACCAUGUUAUCUUUCUUGAAAUGUUAUGCCACUUUAUUUUCUGUGUUAUUUUUUGUUUGUUAUUUUUUACUGAACUGCACUUGCCUUCAUCCACAUUACUUCAGGAUUAAUUUAAUGGAGAGCCUACAGAGCACAGGUGUGUCCUUUUACAUAGAGAAUGUUUAUCAAAUGGAACCACAGGAAUGGGAAAUAAUGAUGGUCUUUAAUUGGAACUUUCAUUUUAAUUGGCAUUUAUCUCAAGUAGUCAUAUAACACACAGGAUUAAUGGCUGUCAGACUUCAUCAACUCUACUGUGAAAUAUUUAGCUGUGAAAUGCUUUGGUUGGGCUGGACAAAGAUAAGACCCUAAUAUGUAAGUAACCACACACAGAGCAUUACUUUUAUAGAAGGAACAGGUGUCCGUUAGUACCCCAGGCUGCCAUGCUCUUGCUGGAAAUUAUGAAGCAGACAUUUGAGCCUGACACAAAGGACACAUGGGUAAACAUUUUGCCGGAGGGCCACAUCAAUUUUGCACAGAAUAAAUCAGAUCCGCUUUCACUUCAAGCAUCUUUUCCAGCACAUAUUUAAUUUGACUUUGUCAGUCUAAGAUGUGUAUCCCUAAUUAAAACGGAAUAAUGUUUUACCUAAAUGCAGACAGUAAUGUACAGACUUGGACACUCAAGGACAUUGCUGUAUUUUUGGGCUAAGAUCCAGGACGCUUUGCAAAAUGUAGUAAAUGUUCUGUCUACUCCAAAAUACCAUGCCUUUGGAUUGGGUACAUUCAUUGUUAGCAAAAUUACACUUCUGCAGGAUGUAGUCUGUGCUUCUGUCACACUUCCAAUUACUCAAGUGAUGAAACGAGUUAAGGACAUCCUUCAGCACAAGUUAUUGCCCUUGUCAGAAUCUCAAAUACAUACUGUAUGUAGUCCCCAUGUCUGUCAGUCUGUAUGUACAUACAUUAAUCCUUAAAGAACAUGUUUAUUAAUGCUGAUUUCUUUGCACAGCAUGUUACAUUUAAAUCCUGCUCCUACACUACAGGUGUUGCCUCUCUUCAUUGUGCAAAUAGUUUUUCCCUUUGAUCACAAUUCUGAUUUCCACAUAAAUUUAUAGUGAUAUUUACAUUGCGUUUACCUGAAUUAAACAUUCAUUUAAAACAUGACAUCUUAAGGAGUCGGAAUGUCUUGGAGAGCAGGUAGGUUUGAAGUUUAUUUUUUUACCUUUAUCAAAUCUUGUUUUUUAAUCAGUAUUCUCAGUUGUAUCUGUAUAUCUUUCUGUAGAAAGCCAGUUAUUCUUACAGUUUAAUCAACGAGUAGAUUAUAUCAAAUGCAUUCAUGAUUUUAAGUGAGGACCAAAGUGAGGUACUGUGUGUAUUAACCUUUUCAGAUGAGUAUGUGAUAGGCAUACUCAAAGUGGUGUGUGCUAUUGUGAUGAGAAAAAUGAUCAUGAAAGGUCAGUGUCGGUUCAUUGCUGUUCUGUUGCCACUUAAACGUCCUUCUCAAGAAACAGAACUGUGUUUUUGUACACAAAAGGCUAUUAACCCUUUCAAAGGUGUGUGUUGUAUUAUUGUGAUUGUCAGUAUUUUCUUUUUAAUGAAAAGUCAAAGACAUGAUUCAGGUAAAUUCUGAUCCAUAUUAUUUUCUGACUAUAUUCAUCUUUUAAUAUUCCUUAAAUAAAACUUCAUAGCAAUAGAUAUAGUAUAGAUUUGUAUAUCACAAAUUUUGACAGCAAAUCGCUACACUGAUCCAGGUAUUUACUGUAACUUCUUGUGUGGAUGUCUACGUGUGUAACAAUAACUGUCGUCCAUAGUGAAUUUGAAUAUAAUAGUCAGCCACAUCUUUAAUGAAGAAGUCAUGCAAAGUUCCAUUUCUGAGAUGCUGGCAGACUGCUUUCUAAUACGUUGUACCUACAAGCUUUUGUAAACAUAGUGGAGUUGUCACAGUGAUUCUGUCUUUGUUAAACCAUGGUAUUCAUGGUAUUUAAAAUGUUUGUCACACCUAAAUUCUGAUCCAUAUUAUUUUCUGACUAUUUCAUCUUUUAAUAUUCCUUAAAUAAAACUUCAUAGUAACCACUUUUUAUCAAUACGUUGGCAUUUAUGGGAACCUGAAGUUGGCACCUUAUAUGGUCUGUAAACUGCAGUUGUUGUAACUGAAACAAGUAGAUGCAUUAGUUACUGCACACGGGUAUGUAAAGAUAUUGUAAGAUAUUGCUUCUGCAGAUUCCCUUUAGGACAAAAAAGGGAUUAAUCUAAAAGCAGUGUGCACAACACCUGUGCAACAUUUGAUUUUUCACAAUUCAUAUUUAUUCAAAAAUUAUGGUAAAUGGAAGUUAAAUGUAGACCUGUAAGGGGCGGGACAUCAAGCAAGCAAGAAAAUAACACUCUUAAAAGUACCAGGAAGUAAAGGGUUAAAGUCCUGGGAAUUCUAGGGUUACCUGCAACCCCAGAACAGCCUGCAACAAUGUGUGCCAUGUGUGCUAUUUCAAUGUCUGUAUAUCUAUGUAACUAUAUGAUAUGUAUGUACUAUAGAUACACUGCCUGGCUACUUUAUUAGAACCUAUAUACCCGAUUGGAUUUGGCUUAGCUUAAGUUUACUUAGGCAUCUAUGAGGAUCAAGUCCCCCCAAAAAUGUUGCAUUUGUACCCUAAUGGCGAUGGCUACUUUCAAGAUGGUAAUGCACCCAUAGAAAUGUGCCAGUAUUGUGUGCUAAUGGUUUGGAGCAUUAUAGAGACUUCAGGCAUCCUCCAUGGCCACUGCAAUCCCUGGAUCUCAAUGUAUUUGAGCAUGUUUUGGGUGGCCUUGAAUUACACAUUCAUUAUCAAGAUCAUCUGUCUACUCUGCACCUAUUGCGUGAAACAUAACUGAAUGGAUUCGAGACACCUUCCAGCACUGUGAUCAGGACAUAUGGUGGCCCAGCACUGAACUAGGUAAAGGUCCUAAUAAUGUGGACAGUCAGUGCAAAUAUACAAUGUAUAUGUAUAGAUUUGUAUAUCACAAAUUUUGACAGCAAAUCGCUACACUGAUCCAGGUAUUUACUGUAACUUCUUGUGUGGAUGUCUACGUGUGUAACAAUAACUGUCGUCCAUAGUGAAUUUGAAUAUAAUAGUCAGCCACAUCUUUAAUGAAGAAGUCAUGCAAAGUUCCAUUUCCGAGAUGCUGGCAGACUGCUUUCUAAUACGUUGUACCUACAAGCUUUUGUAAACAUAGUGGAGUUGUCACAGUGAUUCUGUCUUUGUUAAACCAAAAUAAGUCUUUUAUUCAUGGUUUUUAAAAUGUUUGUCACACCAAAAUGUUGUAACUUAUCAACUUAUGAUUGUUGUAUUUGUGUAAGAUUUUGAGGCGUAAUAUACAUGUGCAGUCAAACUCGAAAAAUUAAG